UUGAAAUGCCCUACGUGCGGGAAAAAUUACAAGAGACGAGCCUGGUACAUUAAACACCUAAAAACACAUAAUGGUGUUGAAGCACGACAAUCGUUGGUAAGUUCUUCAAUUAUCACUUCGGAUAGAGUUGACCCUCACGUAUCCCAUGGUGAACCAUUAACUGGAAACCACCAGGAGUCCAUUAACAUCCGGACACGUCUUAGCAUUCCUAACAUGAAACAAUCGACUUGGAAAGUUCACGACGACAAUUUAGCGGUCCUGUUAGAGCAUCCGGGCUCGAAGCAGGAAUUGAACUCGCAGGUAGAAACUUUCCAAAAUACCGUUUAUGACUACUUCAACGAGCAAUAUCCACCACGUAAUCAUUACGCUCGCAAAAAUAAAGAAAAUUCGUUCAAGAUAAAAAUGAGGAAGAAAAAACGGGAAUUAAUAAAAAAUCUACGUAUAGCCAAAGCUCUAGGCGACAACCACCUUAGUCAUCAGCUAGCUAGGGCGUUAAGAUCAAUCCUUAAAUUAAUUCAAGGAAUAUCGGCACAAACUGCAGAAUAUCGCGAACGCGGACAGCUUCUCUUGACCAACGAUCAAAUUUACGACCAUUUCAAGAGCACAUACGAAGUGCCUAAAAGUGUAAGGCUCUAUACGGAUCCAAACGAACAAAAACCGGAAAUUCCUCAUAUCGAUUUUCACGGCAUACCACCAACGUUAGACGAAAUAAGUAGUCACAUAAAGAGGAAAUCAUCUAAAUCUGCACCGGGCCCCGAUGGUAUCCCAUAUAUAGUCUUUAAAAAAUGUCCAUCGGUUCGUAAACACCUCCUAAAUAUAUACGGCAAAAUCUGGUCAAGGAAGCAAAUCCCGGAGUGUUUCGGGAAAGCAAUUUUUGUCCUCAUUCCCAAAAAAGAUCGAGUUACCGAUCCGAAGGAUACUAGACCGAUAGCCUUAACAAAUACAAUAUCUAAAAUCUUUUUCUCGGUCCUACAAACGAGAAUGACGCGAUUCAUGCUCAGCAACAAGUAUUUUAGGCCAAAUCACCAGAAAGGGUUUCUACCCGGGAUUUCUGGAUGCCUAGAACACAAUACCUUGCUGUCGGAGAGUUUGAAAGAUGCUAGAAAAAGCGAGCGGCAAAUUACAGUUUGUUGGAUAGACUUAGAGAACGCGUUCGGGUCGAUACAACACGAGUUGAUGCUAUUCGCGCUUAGAUGGUAUAACUUUCCACCCUUAGUUAGCGAUAUGAUUGCGUCGUAUUACUCAAAAUUAAAGUUUUCUAUUAUAACUAAAGAAGGCCCUUCAAAAAGUUUGAGUUACAAUGUAGGACUAUUUCAAGGGUGCUGUUUAUCUCCAAUAGUAUUUAAUAUUAUAAUCAAUAUCCUAGUAGAUAAACUUAUCAGCAAUGAGAAAAAAUGGGGGUAUCGGUUUAAGUUCAAUAACAAAUACACGGAAUCCAUUUUAGCCUUCGCUGACGAUCUCGCAAUACUGACACGUCUCCCCAAACACUGUCAAGUACUAUUGGAUGAAGUGGAUAAAUUCUGUGAGUGGACGGAUGGAUUGAGGACAAAACCAAGUAAAUGUCACUGUCUGUGUCUUGGUAGGUGGAAUACAAGAUACACCUCAUACGAUCCGGGACUAUCGAUAGGCGGUCAAUGCGUUUCUACGGUUACGGAAAAUGCACCAUUCAAGUUUCUCGGUCGUAAGAUUGAUAAUAUAGGUCGUACUCCAUCUUUAGAAGGAAUAGUAGAUAGCUUUUUAAAUGAUCUCAACAAGGUAGAUAGCCAGCAGAUCAGUAACGUAAAAAAAGCAUGGAUCUACGAUAAUUACUUAACUUCACGUUUGAAUUGGCCUUUCCUCGUCUAUGAUUUUAGUAAAACCCUUUUAUCUAGAUUAGAUGCAGGCGUCAUAAAGAUGUUGAAGUUGUGGCUCGGGCUCGCGCUAACGGCUGAUUCAUCGGCUUUAUUCAGGGAUCGUAAUAAGUUUUGGGAUGAAUCUAAAAAGACCAUCGGAGCUCUACAAACACCUAAGAGUUUCCAAGAGACAUAUCCUGGGAAAAUCCCAUGA